GACUACUAUAGUAGUAGUAGUUAGUAGUAUCCUGGCAUCGCCAGCACGGAAUCCCGGAGAAACAACCAGGUCAUCAUCACUAAAGAAAAAGAAAAGGAAACAACGGAACAGCAUGCAAUGAAUGAGGGGAGAGCAAUCCAACCUCACCAACCAUCGCUACCGGGGGAUGGAGACAGGAAGAUUGAGAUUCAUUGGGCCAGGGCGCUGCAACGACAGAGAGCCAACAAGCCGACGAGCAACAACGCCCAAUUGUUGCCUCGUUUCAUGAUCUGCGCCUGUCCAGACUCGUCCUUUUACCCCUCCUCGGAAAACGGUGGGCUACGUAAGGAUCCCCGUCGUUCGUUCACCAACUUUCGGAUACUCUCAUCAUCCAAGCACCUCCAAAUCCUACGGACAGUCCUUUGGCUUUCUGUCCCGCGGGUCCUUAAAUCGCAAUCUGCCAGGCCGGCCAUUCCCAUGUCUGCAAGGUCCAGUGCGACUUCGCAGCGGCCUGUGAACUAAACCCUCGGAGGGUUCCUUGACUGCCAAUCCGCGGUUUAACGAUGUCUUGCGCGUUGCACUGGGGUCUCUACAUAAUCACAAUCCUGGCUCCAAGCGAUCGAAUGAGAUUGAGCGAUGGUCGAUGGACUGAG